UAAUCUGCAGUGGAUAUGACUUCGGCUAUCUAAUCAAAAUCCUGACAAACUCUAAUUUACCUGAAGAAGAGCUGGACUUCUUUGAGAUAUUGAGAUUGUUUUUCCCUGUCAUCUACGAUGUAAAAUAUCUCAUGAAGAGUUGCAAAAAUCUAAAGGGUGGAUUGCAAGAAGUGGCUGAGCAGUUAGAGCUGGAAAGGAUAGGACCACAGCAUCAGGCAGGAUCUGAUUCUUUACUCACAGGAAUGGCCUUUUUCAAAAUGAGAGAAAUGUUCUUUGAAGAUCACAUUGACGAUGCCAAAUAUUGUGGCCACUUAUAUGGCCUUGGUUCGGGGUCAUCGUAUGUACAAAACGGCACAGGAAACGCGUAUGAAGAAGAAGCCAACAAGCAGUCAUGACAUGAAAUGAAAGGCCGUCUUUUUGGAGCUCCACGUGCUUGUAUAUAGGUUUUAUCUCUGGUUGAACCCCUUGGACAAUAAGGCUUUUUUUCCCCCUUUCUCAGCACACAUUCUUUUCUGCCUUUCUAUGUACUAAACCUGACUGUUCCUAUCACAGAUUUUGAUCUUAAUAUGUAGAAUUUUCUGGGUUACUUCUGUCAUAGCCAGCCCAUUUGUAAAGAAGUAUGUACAGGAUCAGUGUGGCAGAGAGGAGGGGAAAACUAAAUCAUAAUGAAUAGUCUUGUAAACUUACCUAGUUGGUCUUAGUUUUUUUUUUGUCUCUCCCUCUCCCCACCCCCUUUCCUUCUACAAAUUAACUAGCACUGAUUAUAACCAACUCCCCCCUUCUUGUCUGUCCCUUCCAGUACGCAGGCGUUUUAGCUAUUCAAGAUUGUGGACCAUCAAAUUUGCACUUUAGAGGGUGACUCUGACUCAGAUCCUCUGUUUUAUUUGAAGUUUUUUUUUCUUUUGCCCUUAGCUAGAAAACAAUCAUUCGCCAAGUUCAGCAGCUUCACUCUGAAUUUCCUUGGUAUCAGUCUGUAGCACAUGACUCAUUUGCUGCAUUUGUUCGAGCAAAACAAACUACUGAAAUUGUAAUAACUGCUGUUAUUUUACUAGUGUUCACUCAUGGUCAAACCCAUCCUGCACGUGCCAGCCUCUGGCUGGCCUGCUGCUUUAAACCCGCUCGCUCUGUGAUGGGGGAAGGACGUUGGAAAACCAGCUUUACACCCUUCAGGAGAAGCACAGC